CGGUGUCGUAAAAUCAUUCUCAGUUGAAUUUGCGAGUUUGCAAGUAGUUUUUUGACAAACAGCUGAAUUUCAGUCGCAAUAAACUCUUUCAGGGGACUUUAAUUUUACGAAAUUGGAGGACAUCCGUGGUAUUAAGGGUCUUGUUAUUAUUAACGGCACGUAAAUUCUGCUCUGUUUUCAUUCUUGGUGUCGUUGGUUGCAUUUUCUGUGUCUUCUAUUAGUUUAUGUCUUUCAUCAACAAGAAAGACGAAGAUUUAAGCCCAGAAUCGCGGUCUACGGCCGUUGUUCGACGCAUUGAUCCGGUAGAAUCAUCCAGCAGCAAUUCCGGAAGAGCAAGCAGUACAGCUUCCGAAGAAAAAAGUACACGAGAACGGAUUUUACACUAUUUCCAUGCUGCAGGAAGUCAAUUGAAGGAAUACUGUCGGUUUGUAGGUCCCGGUUUUCUGAUUGCUGUUGCCUAUAUUGAUCCUGGUAAUUAUUCGACAGAUAUUGAUGCAGGAUCGAAGUUCCAAUACAAGCUCUUAUUUGUUAUUCUUUUGUCGAACUUUCUUGCAGUUUAUUUACAGUCACUAUGUUGUCGUCUUGGCUCCGUUUCAGGCUACGACUUGGCUCGUAAUUGUCGAGAGCAUUUUCCGAAAUACCUGUGCUGGACCUUCUACCUUCUAGCAGAAAUUGCAAUUAUCGCGACUGACAUGGCUGAGGUUAUUGGUACAGCUUUUGCAUUGAAAAUUUUAUUUAAGCUCCCUCUUCCUGGGGGUGUGGUUCUUACUAUUCUCGAUGUGUUGCUUACUUUGGUCGCAUGGCGUCCUGAUGGUCCAAUGCUGGGCAUUCGUUUAUUUGAAAUGGUUGUCGCUUUAUUGGUGCUUACUGUAGCCAUCUGUUUUGCUCUCGUGCUUGGUCGCGUAAACUUGGGCAGUGCUGGUCAUUUGUUUAAAGGCUUUCUUCCCUCCACUACGGUGUUCUCGCGCAGUGGUCUUUACUCAGGCAUUGGUAUUUUGGGUGCAACCGUGAUGCCUCAUUCCCUUUAUCUUGGUUCAGGUCUCGUUCAAUCGAGAUUGCGCGACUAUGACAUUAGACACAAUAUCGUUACGGCGGGCGACUUGAAUGAUCCAGACACCGAGUACAAACCAAGUUUUUCCGCCAUCAAUCACUCAUUGACAUUCUCCAUUGUGGAAGUUGCUUCCUCUCUUUUUACUUUUGCACUGUUUACCAAUUCAAGUAUCUUAAUUGUUGCUGGUGCCGUUCUGUAUAAUACACCGGAAGCAGACGCUUCGGAUCUAUUCACGAUUUAUGAAUUGUUCUCUAAGUAUGUGUCAAAAUCCGUUGGCAAACUUUUCGCUGUCGCACUUCUUCUCUCUGGCAUCAGUGCUGGUUACGUGUGUACCAUUUCGGGACAAAUGGUCAGUGAAGGCUACAUUAACUGGACGUGUAAGCCUUGGAUUCGUCGUACCGCAACUCGUCUAAUUGCUAUUAUUCCAUGUCUUGUUGUCACUUUAGGACUUGGCGAAAGUGGAUUGAACAGAGUUCUGAAUGCCAGUCAGGUUUGCUUAUCAAUCUUGCUUCCCUUCCUUACCUUUCCUCUAAUUCUUUUCACUAGUUCACGAAAAGUGAUGACGGUGCAAGAAUCUGAAUUUGUGUCUAACGGCGGCGAAAGCGAGUUGAAACAAAUUACACAUGAUUAUAGUUUGUCAUGGACGACAUCUGUCAUCAGUUGGCUGGUUUGGUUAUUCUUAGCAGCAAUUAACAUUCUUUUGAUUGUCUGGCUGGCUCUUGGAAUAUCAAACUAAACAAAAUCUCGUGAACGAGAGGGAAACUCGUUAUUGUUCUUUUUAUUAUUUUAUUAUGUACCCUUAAUGUUAAUUGUUCUAUCACAUUGAACAGACACAAAUUUUGGCUGUACACAAAAUCAAAAAUGAACAGGAUAACCAUUCCUGUUCCUCCACUUAUCGUAGACUAUAGACCGUACUUACUACAUAAAUAUGAGUUUUAAUUAUAAACAGGAAAACAGAUCCAAUAUUAAAAACAUAACGGCAAACCUAUAAGAAGAAGAUAUUUAAUUUACAUAUGUGUAAU